GACAUUCUCCCAUCUUGACAGCCAGCCCAGCUGUUUUAAUUGAGGUUAGAAUUCAAAUCGGAUUCGUGUUUACGUUUACAUCAUACUUUCACACCAACAACAAACCAUGGAACAUACUGCAUAUCAAAUCCCUAAUCGAACCUCGAUGUAAAAGUAUGGUAACCUAAAUUAAAGUUAAAAUGUUAAGGUUUUCCAAGAAGAAAUUUUGUAUAUAUUUUUGGGCAAUUUUAACAUUAUCAUUCAUAUUCUAUGCCGAAUUUCUUAAUUAUAAGCUUAACAGCAGGACAUGGCCUCGGAUGUCUUGCAAAAGUGAUAGUGACUGCACCAGAAUUUUGCUUGUUGCAGACCCACAAAUUAUUGGGAGACUUAACGAAAUUAUCCAUCCAAUAACACCAUUUAGUAUAUUUGAUAGUGAUAGGUACUUAAAAAUAACUUACUUUUAUGCAUAUACUUUUGUCAACCCUCAUGUAGUGAUAUUUCUUGGAGACUUAAUGGAUGAAGCCCAUAUAGCAAGUGAUGAUGACUUUUAUAGCUAUGUUAGGAGAAUAUUUGAUAUAUUUUUAAAACCAUAUUCUCAAAAUAAUCAUCACAUUUGGUUACCAGGAGACAAUGAUAUAGGAGGAGAAGACACCCAAGUGACCCCAAAAAAGCUACAGAGGUUUGAAAGGGCCUUUUCCCAAGCAAGUAUUAAUAACAUUAGAAAUAUAACUUUCUUUAAGAUUAAUCGUCUUACUGGCAUAAUACCAGUAUAUAAAAAGGAGAGAGAAUUCUAUGAUACAAGUAAGAUAUUUGUGGGUUUAAGUCAUGUGCCUUUAAUGUUUAGACCAUCAGUGUUUUCUGAAAAAGUGAUAAAUAAAAUGUGGCCCCAUAUUCUCUUUACUGCUCAUGAGCAUAAAUCAAUGAUUAUUAAUACUGAUGCUCUGUUGCAUAGGGAUUUUCACAUCAUUCCUGUAAAUCCAGAUAAUUCUGAAGUGUAUGAAUAUCCCUUGGGAGUGCAGGAUAUGUAUGAAAUCAUGAUUCCCACCUGCAGCUAUAGGAUGGGUACUAUGAAAAUCGGAUAUGGGUUUGCCAUUAUAGAAAAUAGUGAGGUUAGAUUUACAGUGCUAUGGUCACCAACCAGAUUUGACAAACUGUUUGGGUACUUAAUUUUAAUUGUCUUGCCUUUUGCAUUCAUUUGCUUUUUUAAAACCUAUGGCUGUGUUAAAAGAAAUAUUUGUAAAAUGUUAUUAUUGUUUCUUUUACAUUUUUAACAGUUAUUCUAUGAUUUUACUGUGGUAAAUACAGAUUUUUAAAAUGAA